GAGACAGCCUAGGGGGUGGGACUCACUGUCUCUAUGGUGACCGAGAAACAGGGGAUAAUACUACGGAGCCGCCCGGGCUGCAGUCCCGCCCGGGAGCCGGCAGGGAGCGGAGCUGUGGAGCCUCCUGGUCUCCAGCAUCAGUUCCUGGGUCCUGUCCGAAGGCACGCUCAGGAGCAGCCAAGCCGUAGAAGCCGGGUGGCAUGGCAGCGAGCACGGACAUAGCUGGGCUGGAGGAGAGCUUCCGGAAGUUUGCCAUCCAUGGCGACCCCAAGGCCAGCGGGCAAGAGAUGAACGGCAAGAACUGGGCCAAGCUGUGCAAGGACUGUAAGGUGGCCGACGGAAAGGCCGUAACGGGUACUGACGUCGACAUCGUCUUCUCCAAAGUCAAGGCGAAAUCUGCUAGAGUAAUCAACUAUGAGGAGUUCAAGAAGGCCCUGGAAGAGCUGGCAACCAAGCGGUUCAAGGGGAAGUCCAAAGAGGAGGCCUUUGAUGCCAUCUGCCAGCUGAUAGCGGGCAAGGAACCGGCCAACAUUGGCGUCACCAAAGCUAAAACGGGUGGUGCUGUGGACCGGCUGACGGACACCAGUAAGUAUACCGGCUCCCACAAAGAACGCUUUGAUGAGAGCGGCAAGGGAAAGGGCAUCGCUGGACGGCAGGACAUCCUGGAUGACAGUGGCUACGUGAGUGCGUACAAGAACGCAGGCACCUAUGACGCCAAGGUGAAGAAGUGACACCCUGCCAAAGCCCCCAGGAAGGCUGUCCCACUGGAAGCCCAGGCCUGGGGUCCAGGGUCACAUGGAGCAAGAAAGCUUGGCUCCCUCCCUGCUGGAUCUGCCACCAAGAGCUUCCUGCCCAGUCCCAGGGCCAUCCCAUCAGGCCUCUGACCCAGACUGCUGUGUCCCUUCUUCCUGUCUCCCUGUUGUCUGUCUGGGAAUCAGUGCCUAUAUCCUCACCGCCCCAGCCUGGUCCCAGGCAUGGCUGACUCUUGCCUGCUUGCCUCAUAUUUAAGCUGCUGCUCUGGCCAAGUGCCUAAUUCUUACCCAGACCUCAAUAAAGAUACCUUUUGUACCAGGA